AUGGGGAGUUCACAGGAGUGCGGCGGCUGCAUUGUGUCGCGGACACUGGGAUUGGAGUCGCGGGCAAACAGCCUGGCGCUGUUCGUUUCCGUGAACCUCUUCUAUUUCCUCGUCUUUGCAAUGGGGAAAAGCAUGGUCUCCCUGUGCUGCUACUUGUGCCUAGCGCCAGUCAUGCUGGGGUUGCUGCUUAAGGCGUUGCACCUCACGCCUGUAGAGGAGGGACCUUGGGAAAUCGUCAGCCGCUCCGGCAUCGAGUCUUGCGUGGGACGGUUAUACGACAGGACGAAUCAGUUCUUGGAGUUCUGUCGUGACGUCUGCCUGUGGAGGAACGUCUUCUUCACCACCAAGGUCUGCUGCGCUCUGCUGUCUCUCGGAUAUGUGUCUUCCUUCUUAUCUUUCGCCAGCCUGGUGUUCGUCGCGACUUGGGGUUGGUUCUUGUAUAGCAGCUGUUCAUCGUUGUUCCAUGACACAAUUUACCCCAUUGUUUCUCCAUACAUCAAGAUGGCCAACCAGACCUUUCACAAACUCUUUCAGUCGAUUCCAAAGAUGGAAGCUAGUGACAAGAAGCUCCAUGGGACGGGAUAUGCUCGGGUAGCAUUGCUUUCGUUGCUUCUGUACUUGACAGAACAGCUCCAGCGGCGGCUCCCCCGGGCGCUGUAA